GAUGUCUACUAAAAACAGUUUAAUGAAAUUCCUGUUUAUGCUACCCUUUUGGCUUGGCUACCCUUUUUUACAUUUUCUUUGUAUUUUAGAUAACUGUUACUUCUACCAUUUUACUAUUUAUAUGCAAGCUAACUUAAAAUGGAAGAAAAUGCAGACUUACUUCUGAAUGAAGAAGCAGUGUUGUUUGAACAAGAUCAAAUUUCUAAAGAAAUAGAAUCUGCAUUUUCAAAUUUUUCGAAUGAACGUCCGUUUGAUUUGGAACAAUGCACUGACAUUGUGUUAUCAGCACUUCCUGAUACUGUUUUGUUAAAAAUUUUCAGCAACUUAACCCACCCAGAGUUGUGCCAUAUUGCUUUGGUGUGCAAGCACUGGCUUUGGGUGGUUUAUGAUAGUGAAUUAUGGAAGUUUGUAGAUUUCAGUAGAUGUAAUAAAGUAGAUGAAAAAACUAUUAUACAGUUGAUACAAUCUCGCUUAUCUCCUUUACUCAAGACAUUGGAUUUAUCUAAUUGCAGUUUCUCACCAAACAUAGUUCAAGAAUUAACUAAUAGUUGUCAACAGCUUGAUACUCUGGUAUUACAGAAUUGUGAUUUAGCAAGCACUUUGGAAAACAAGUUAAAUUGUCUUUCUGUUCCUGGGAAUCUUACGCGAUUAGAUAUUCGUAAUUUUAAAGCAGGUUUUCAGUUUAUGCACGUUAUCUUAGAGGCUCAAGAUAUGAGUCAUUUGGAGUGUUUUGGAUUUGGAAACAACCAUUUUUGUCCUGCAUUCACCAAUUUUCAGACUAUGUUUAGUAAAAUGCAUGCCUUAAAAAUAUUAGAAUGUGUUGAUUGUGAAUUUAUCAGUGAUUCUGAAGUGGUUAUCUUUGCCAAGACCUUGAAAAAUUUAGAAUCCCUUGUGUUAAAGAAUUGUAAAAAUUUGAAUGGCUCGUCAUUGAGCCAUUUAAUAAAUGGUGCUAAGGAAUUAAAAUCUCUUAAUUUAUCUGGUACUGGAGUAAAUGAUUUAGCACUUAGUAAUGUUCCAUGGGAAGCAAGUAUCAUUGAAGAGUUUGACCUUAGUUUUUGCGAUGAAAUAACAUCAGCAGGAUUGAUUGUAUCAAUACCAAAAAUGGAUUUAUUGGAAAGUUUAUUGUUAAGUAACACUGGAAGAGGCAAAGCUGUAACUGGUGAAGUAUUAGAGGCUGCUUAUUCCGUAGGAAAUUGGAAACACCUGAAUGUGUUGAGCUUACACUUUGCUAAUCGCUUAUUUAAUCAAGCCUUUUCAUUUUUACAAAACUGUUCGAAUUUGCAGUGGCUUUCACUACGUACAUGUUACCGCAUUGAUUUUGAGUGUAUUGCAGCUAACCUAAAGUUCUUUCCAAGACUUCUUGGUCUAGAAUGUGGCUCAUUAUUUGCAACAGGGAACAGCACAAACCAAUGGAUGCAACUUCUUCAAAGUAUCAGUAUAAAUUGUAAAAACAUGAGACAUCUAGUUUUAUUAAAAUGUGUUGGUCUUCCUUUAUCUAGAGUCACCGAGUAUAAAAAUCUACUUUUGGGUUGUUUGGAGACGAUGAAAAAAUUAGAAACUAUAUCAGUCCUCUAUUCUGAGGAAGCUAUUUAUAACCUUUUUGAAAGUUGCGUAAACCUAAGUAGCAGUCGAGCCAGUGUUAAAAUGUCUUCUCCUGUGCCCGUCAUUCCUCCAUUCAGGCACAGCUUAGACUCAGAGAUUAACAAGAGCAAAUUCAGAAAAUAUUUUGGUUACUGAUAAUUCUUUAAUUUUGUUUUUUUCAAAUUAUAUAAAUUUGCUUGUGAAAUUAGGAGUGUGCUACCUUACUACUGGGUAGAGAAACAAUGCAUUAGCAAAAGUGCUGUAUAUUCAGCAUUUGCACAGUCUUUAUAAUAAUAACCUAUUUUGUUCAAAAUGGUAGCUGAUUGUAACUUUGUGCUACAGAUGCUUGAAAUAGCGAUGUGCAACAGACAAUCUAAGGAUUAACAGACCUGUGGAUUCUUCCAUGGGCUAAUGAAUAGUAUAUACGUAAUUUUAUUUUAAGGCAACUUUGAAUGUUUAAACACAAAGUUGUUCUAAAAGUGCAUAACAAAAAAAACUCAAGCCUGCUUAUCUUACUCUUCAUCUAAUUAUUGAUUCAAAUCUUGGCUCAUAAACCUCUGGAACUCCAUAAUUGGAAAUUUACUCUUUCUGACAACUCAUUUCAAUAGGAAACAACGAAACAAUAUUCCAGAUGCAUUAAGGAAUUAAUAAUACUUUUAAUAUUUUAUAACUUUACUGCUUUAGUAAAACAACAAGAGAUCAAAUUCAAAUGAAUUUUCAUUAACUUUUCUGUUUGUUUUUUUGCUUGUUUCCUUUGGAUAGUGUUUUGAACUUAUCUGAGAUUUCAUGUCACAGUAACACACGAUUGGACUUUGUGAAUGUAAGAUAUCUAACAUUGUUUAUGGAUUUAUAUGGAUUUUAAACCCAUUGCCCUUGUUAUGCAGUAAAAAAGUUUAGAUUGCCAAGCAAUUUUACUUAGCACAUAAGGCCUAAAUAAGAUGUACAAUUUCACAACGCAACCCUCAUUUUUGUUUGUGUAUAUUGCCUAACGAGCAUGCUAAUUCUAUGUUUGAUAAUAUUUUAUUUUUUAAUUAUUUUUUAUCCUGUAUAAUAAUGUAUAUUUUAUUAAAAAAGAGCAAUUUCUAGUGGCCAAACUACAUUUUGUAAGGUUGUUGAAACCACAUUUUAAGAGGACUUGGUGAGCUGUUAAUAAUUUGAAUUUGCUUCAGAGCCAAAACACUCAAUCAACUCUAUAGUAAUCGCAUGUCAAAAAUGGUUAUGACCCAUGAUUAUUGUUUUCAUUGUUGUGUAUGGUUAUUGUUAGUGGUUAAAAUAUGAUUAAAUAAUAAGGUGUUGUAAAAAUAGGUUGACUUGCGAAAAAGAUAUUUUUUCUUUUGGUUUCUUACAUGUUUAUUAUGUAUAAUUUCAAGUUUUGUAUAUCAUAAAUAUUGCCUCCUGGCUAAUCUUUUAGUUUCUUGUUAAAUUUGUUUUAAAUAAUUGUGAUUAAAAUUAUUCUGUAUUUUAAAAUUUUGUUGUUGUUGAAUUUAAGGUAUAGUUGACUCCAAUCUUAAUAAUUGAAAAUAUAAGAAAAUGUUUCCUUCUCUUUUUUUAUGUUAUUAAAUAAAAAGUAUUUGUUUCAUUUUAUUUUAAAACAUGUGCUUACAUGUAUGUAUUGAAUUUGAUUUUGUUUUAUUUAUAUCUUCUCAAAUCGUCUUAUAUAGGAGACAUAAAAUAAGGACUGCUGAAGUUAAAUAAUAAUAAUAAUAAAAUAAAAACAGAACUAUUGUAGGAUUUUGUUAAAAUUUGCCUUUUGUUGAUCCUUUCCUUAUUUCAAAAAGAUUCAGUAAACUCAAUAAACUAAGCAUGUGGCAAUUUUCAAAUUGGCAACGGUAAAAAUUUGUCUUAUGCCUUAGAGAUCUUGCUGAGAGAUCUAGAGAUCUAUAAUUACCAGGUAUAUUUAAUCACAU